AUGGCGAUGAUGAUGACUGGCCGUGUGCUGCUGGUGUGUGCCCUCUGCGUGCUGUGGUGCGGUGUCUGCUGUGGUGGACGAGCUGAAACAAUUCCUGCUUCCCCAAUUUCUCCGUCCGACGAGAAAUCUCAAAACGGAAAGGCCGUCGUUGUCGCUGGAGAAGUUGGCCAAAACGGUGAAAAGAAAGCGCCAAAAGAAACAUCAUCACCAACGCGGUCAGAAUUACCGGCAGCGGCAGCGAAAUCAUUACAGGAAACACAACCCGGAGGAGGAGCAUCAAAAGCGGCAAGUACAACGACGGACAACACGGAUCAAAAUACAGAAGAUAAAAAGAAAGAAGAAAAGGGGGUAGAGGAAAAGGAAGACGAAGAGGAAGAAGAGGAAGAGGAAGAGGAUGAUAGAAGGGAGGACGGAAAGGAUGAUAAGAAACAAAAGGAGGAGACAAAGAAAGAGGAAGCUGUUGCCAGCACCACAGAGGAGAUCUCAGCAGUCAGUCAAGAGCAGCCAAGUUCAUCUUCUGCUGCGGAGGGAGCAUCGAAUAUAACAAAUCCCAACAGCACCCAAACAACUGGAGACGAUGAUCCAGCAGCUGAUGUUGCAGGGAAAGCGGAGGGAAAACAAAAUGAAAAUAAAGAUGCCAAUCCGAAGGAAGCACCAGUCGAAGCCACAGCCACGAAAACUACAACGGCGACGACUGGCGACAGUGACGGCAGCACCGCGGUCUCCCACACCGCCUCCCCUCUUUUGCUUCUUCUUGUUGUUGCUUGUGCGGCUGCUGCUGCGGUGGUGGCCGCGUGA